CCCUUUUUACCUGUGCUUUAAUGUAGUUCUAGACUGAAAAAUCUUAAAACUUUAAACAGAAACACUGUUUGUAGUAGUACCACAUGUAAUCCCAGAGCUAGUUUUGUCUGCUCAGUUCAGCAAUCAAAAAUCACAAAGAUCAUACAUUGUUUUACUUGUAGUUAUUGGGGUUGUGUGGUUUGGGGAGGUGGGAGUGGCCAGGGAAAGUUCUGUGCAGAUAGAUAACUUUAUUGAAAUUAAACACCAGAGGUGAUUGUUCUGCAACUCAGAAAUGAAGCCAUUUCUAUCUCUGCUUUUAGAGUAGGCUAAAAAUAGUUAGAAUGUCAGACCACUGCUCCAUUAAUGGAUCAUACCCUUCCUCUUUUAGUCUUGCUCUCUGAGUGCAGUCAUGGUGCAAAUUCCUCUGCCUAUUUUAGCUGGCCAAGAAAAACUUGUGUGCCUCUAAUCCACAAUGAUAUGCUGUAUAUUCUACACUUCUUUUUCUGAUUGGAGAAGGAAAUAUUACAUUGUAAUAUAUUAUAUGUAAUAUGAAAUUGAGAAAGUAUUGGAAAAAAUAUGGCUUUUUGUUCUUCUGAAAUUGCUGUGCAGCUCCCCUUUUGCUGUGAGCUCUUCCUUACAAGCAUGCUAAUUGGGGAAGAUAUUUUUUAAAACAACUUGUUUGUUGCAAACAGCAACACUAUAUAUUUGGAAUUGAAACCUCUUUUAUACCUAAAAUGGUGUGAUCAAAAUUUACAUUAAUCUGUGUAUCCUGCAUGGCAGUGUGGUGAUUUUUGUGUAGAUAGUAGUCUGGAAAAGGGGUGGUGUCUCUAAAAUAUGCAUCUAUCAUAGAACAAAGAAUAGAAUCAGAGAACACCGUGUCAAAUCCAACACAAUGAAACAAAAAGCAAUAGCUUAGGGGUUUUUUUGCACUUAGUGAAGUUGGAGAGGGGGGAAGAGUGGAGAUGAGAAGCUGCCCAUGUUUUACAGCGAGAAACAGUGAUGAAAGUGCAGAUAGAUAAAAUGGUGACACAUGUAAAACUAAAUUCACCUCCUCACGCUGAACUAAAUCUUUCUCAGCUGGUGAAUAAGCACUGGAAAGAAGCGUGCGUCUAAAAAUUAAGAUUGAAGGCAAAAAUAACAAUUUCUAGUUCUUUCUUCAUCCUUUGGUCCUGCAGUGAGACUACAGGUUGUACCUAACAUUUGAGACUUGCACCGUGGGGACUGCCAGAAACCACUUCAUGAGAGUUGAAAAACAAACAUGUGCCAAUAUUUAUCUUCCUCCUCCUCAGCAAAGAACAACAGCAGAAAGGAUACUGGCAAUGUUUAUUUUCACCAUUUAAAUAUUUUCAUUGAGCUGUCUUCUGUUGGCCAGACUUCGUUAAAUCUCUGAUGCUAGAAUUAGAAGCAGGACUUUUUCCCUUCUUUUAUUUUUUUUAAAUUAAUUCUGCAAGUUUGCUAUGAUGUUUUUAGCACAGAGAGAUUAUCUAAUGGAAUCUUAGUUUUGCACAGAGGUUUAUUCUACAAUUACUCUCUGGGCUGAGUAAAACUACAGACAGAACAAGCCUGAGAGGUGUUGUCUAAGGAUUUCCUGGUGAGAAUUAGUGUCCUAUUAAUUUCUUCCGCAAAUAAAUCCUGGAAAUAAUUGUUAGUUAGGUUUUUUUAGUCUUAAUUCCAGUCUGCCAAUGUUGCUGGCUGGCUGACUCACCAGAUGGAGCUAUAGGCUUAUUAUUCUUGCCUAGACAGUCAUCACUGAGUCCCUGGAUACUGCUGGAUGAAUCCAGUGUGUUCUUAUCACUGGAAAAGGCAAGGCACCAGGGUGAUUUAUCAGACUCUGGUGGGACAAUACUAAGAGCCCAUUUAUUCUUGGCUACUUGCAGGAGAUCACACAACAGCAUUCACACUGUAGAAUGUGACACAGCAAAAUUCUUAAGAGGCACAUGAAAGUGGCUUUAGCAGCAUCUUAGGAAAAAAACACAACUGUUUGAGAAGCAAAUAAGUUCUUUAUUAUGUUAAAAACUGAAUUCCUGGGCAGUGUGGAAAUUAUGAGCUGCUGACCACAGAUGAGCUUAAAUUGAACACCGUGAUGCCAAUUUACCCCUGGUACCUGCUCCCCUAAUGUGUCUGAUUCCUUCUCAGCACAGUGUGCUGGCUUUGGCUGGGGCACAGUUAAUUUUUUUUAUCCCUGGUAGCUGCUGUGGGGCUCUGGGGUUUUGGGUUUGUGCUAAAAACACAGUGGUGAUAACGCAGAGAUGUUUUUGUUGUUGCUGAGCUUACACAGAGCCCCUCCUGCCCCUCCUGUGGCCACACUGGGGAGGGGGCUGAAGGUGUGGGGAGAACUGGGGGGCAGACACAGCUGGGACAGGUGACCCCAAGGGACCAGAUGGAUAUUCCAGACCAUAUGACAUCAUGCUGACUAUGUAAAGUGGGGGAAGAAAGAGGAAACAGGGUGGGAUGUUUGGAGUGAUGGUGUUUGUCUUCCCAAGUAACAGUUACCUGGGAUGGGGCCCUGCUGAACACCUGCUGCCCAUGGGAAACAAGGAAUUAAUUCCUUGUUUUGCUUUCCUUGUGCAUCAGCACAUCAGAGGCAAAUUGCUUGACAACAGUGUGUAUUAAAGAAUGAUAUCCUGAUGGGCUGAGGAGAAAAGAAAUCUUGUAAAGAGAAAACAGUAUGUUGUAUUCCUCCAUUCCUCCUACACCUGAAAUUUGGUGGCACCUGUUUUCUGUGCCCCAUCAGGGGAUUUGUCAGAAUGGAUUGCAAGCCUUGGGUAAUGAGUCUGCCAGGAGUAAGGGAAAGGCAGAGAGUGAAUCAUUUUUUAAUCUCUUGGACAGGAAACAUUUUCAUGAGAAAGUAUGUGACAAACAUGGCAGUAACACAUGUGGGUGUCCCUCUACUGCUUUAAGCAAACACUGUGCUUUCAGCAGCUCUGAUGAGCUGCAUGUGGUAUCUGGUCUAACUAAAAGCUGAGAUGCCUUCUGAUUAAUGUAUUUAGCCUGACAUCAUUUGCAGAUAGCUUGAAAGUGUUAUGGGGUCUUGAGACACGGAAAUUAUGAAGUUGGCACCACUAUCAUCUUAUUUUUGCAAGGAAGACCACCAGAGAUGAGAUCUUAAAACAUGACACAUGAAUGCAUCUUGGGGGCAUAGAUGCCCUAGACAUAAGGUCAUCAAUUUUUUUCUUUCUAUUAGUUGUUACCAGGACUGGAAAUCAGUCUGGUCACGGUCUUGUGUUUAAAAUAAGCAAAUAUUCAGCAUUUGCAUAGAAUGUCAGCAGGAGUAGUAGUAUGCAGUGAAUUUAAAACAAAUGCAGACAUUUGGUUGUUUUGUGUGGUUUUUUUUCUUCUCCAAGUGUUAAAAAUGUAAGAAAGAGCACAUCAAAAAGUAUGAUGUACAACAUCCUGGCUGUUUACCUUAAAAAAAAAAAUUGUAUUCCAAAUAGCUAUUUUUAAGAAAAACUAAACAAAACAACUUCUCAUGUUGAAAUGAAGCUCUUCCCUGUUUUGUCCACUAUAUUUGGGAAAAAAAAUGUAGAGCUCCUUGUUUUGGAGAGGGAAAAAAAAAAGCUACCCCAACCCCAAUCAUUUCCCUGCAGGAAGCAAAACUACUGAGCUACAGUUGCUAGAUUUACUUACUUUGUACAGCGAGCAAGGGGAAGAGGAACAGCAAGAGCAGAAGCAAAAAAGUCUAAAAAACCUUUGGAAAAAACAAUAGCCAAAAAUUCAAACAUGAAUGGAGGUAGAAGCAGCUUUUAAUUAUAAUAUUGUUAGAAAAAAAAGCUGCAGAAAGACUUGCUGGGUUUCAAUUCACCCAAGUCUUGUCAAUCACCAUUUGUUGCCAGGCACAAAAAUGAAGUGAAUAUGAGAAGUUUUUGCAUACAAGUUGUAGAAUAUUGUCACCAACCCACCCCCACACACCCAUUUUAUUUCCCACUGACAAAAGCUGAGAUGAAUGAGUUGUUGUCUGGCCCUUCCCACUUCGUAUAGCCAUUGGCUGGCUUGGUUCUAAAAAGGAUUUUAAAAAGGGGAAUAAUGUGCCUUUGCCUAGGAUCUGAAGCUGUCAGGGUGCUGCAAAGCUGGUCUGUGAGCUGCCACCAUGCAGAUCUCCUGGGCUGUGUGCGCUGUCUGUGUCCUGGCACAAAUCGCAUUCCGAUCCGUGGAAGGGUGGCAGGUGUUUAAAAAUGAUGCUACAGAAAUCAUUCCUGAAAUCACUGAAAACACAGAAACACCGAUGGAGCAGACUUUCAGCGACAACAACACAAUGAAUCAGGCGAAACACGGAGGAAGACACAUACAACAAGCUCCAGACCCUAAUGAUGCCUCUGACUUCAGCUGCAGGGAGAUGAGAACCACCCGCUACAUCACGGACGGGCCCUGCCGCAGCCUCAAGCCCGUCAAGGAGCUCGUCUGCUCCGGCCAGUGCGUCCCCUCUCACCUCCUCCCCAACUCCAUCGGCAGGGGGAAGUGGUGGCGUCAGAACUCCCUGGAUUAUCGCUGCAUCCCCGCUCACAGCCGCACGCAGCGCGUCCAGAUGUCCUGCCCCGGCGAGGAGAGCCGGACUUACAAAUUCCGAGCCGUCACCGCCUGCAAGUGCAAGCGCUACACCCGCUACCACAACCAGUCGGAGCUGAAGGACUUCGGGAAGGACAACGCCAGGCCUCAGAAGAACAAGAAGCCCCACCUGUCCAGAGCCAGGAGCGGCAAAUCCAACCAGCACGAGUUAGAAAACGCUUAUUAGGAAGGUGGCUCUGGGUGACGCGGACUGGCGGCUCUGGGUACUUCGCAAAGCGUCACAAGGCACUCAGAGGCCACAGCAGUGACGUUCUGACUGCAGUAGGUUCCAAUUCCUUCUGCUAAGCUGGGUCAAAUGCUCACAUAGGCAAAAAAAAAAUAAAAAUCUGUCAGAUUGUAGCACUUAUGGUCUGAUAGGAAAACGAGACAAACCAAGCUGGAGGUAGCAACCUCUAAAUUGAGUCUGAAAGGAAAGGUGCAGGUUGGAGAUUCAUGAGGGGUUGUGUGGCUUGUACGAGUAGGCAGGCAGAGGGAAGGGAAGCUGUUAUGGUGACAAUCACACUUUGCUAGAAACCAUUCCACUCACUCCAAGUGAAAAGAGCAUGGAGAUCCCUUUCCCACACAAGUGCCGUGAUGCAGGACCAGCAUCCAGUUAGGGAAGCAUCAGGAGAGUGAACACUCUCUGAAUAAGCUGUAGGAAGUUAGGUAGAGAAGGAAUUUCAACAGUUAUGGUGACUGAAGUCAAAUUGUUGGGAAAUUACCAUACUAUCAGGCAUCCUCAUGUACCAGGAGUUUUCCUCUAAAACACAAAGUAAAAAUGUGACAAAUCUAUUUCAUACCUUUUUACCUGAAAGACUGUGGGACCAACAGAUUCAAAACUGAGAUUUGGCAACUAAAACCAUAUUUGGUUUAGGAACAACUCAACAAAUUCUACGAGGGGGAAGCAGAUUUAUGAAAUGCACGCUCCUCUCAAAGCAGAUAACCUCACUGAUGGUUGUCCUGUAAACAGCUAACCAUAUGCAUGGUUUAAGAUAAAAGAUGCUGAUCACUCCUGAUUUCCUAGAACACAUUUGACUUUAGUAUCAGCUUAGAUACCUCUAUUUACGUUUUUUCCGUUCUGUAGAGUUUGGAUUAUCUGGCCACACAUUUUGUAGCGUUGGGACUGUGCAAGCCAAGCUCUGGGAGUGCAGUGGUGGCUCUGCAGGAAAAGUGAGCCUUUGCUAAUUUUGAAGUCAUGAAUUCCUCUAGAAAAAGGUCUUUAGUAUGUGCAGCUUUGGUAGGUCUUUAGUUUGGCAGCAACUUUCCUUUACUUAGCUUCUCAACACUCAGACUAAUGUUUGUGUUUUUACAUUAAAAAAUACUAUUAGUGAGUUGUCACAUCCUGUAUACAUCUGGUAGAAUAUGCUGAAAUCAUGUGGAAAUUUAUGAUGUUGAUAGAUUUUUCAAUUAUUUUAUGUGGGACCAGAACCUAGAGAGACAAGGUAUCAUUUAAGAGAAUGAAUUAACAUAUUUAUUUUUUUUUUCCCAGAAGUUAUUUAUGCAAUGUUUUUUUCCUUGUAGAAAAUGAGAAGUAACACUGCUUUAAAAAUAUUGGUCUGUUAUUUUUAAUUUUAAAUACAUGGUUAAUAAAGUA